UAAUGUUGCAAUUGAUUGCUGUGAAAACCAGCGGUCUCCGUCGCUAUUUCUGCGCAUCUAUAGACUCUGUAGCAGGGGCGCACGCCCGAUUGUACCCCCCCUCCCGACCCCCAGGGGUUUUCUGAGAUGCUGCCGUGACCAUGGAGGGACGCAGGACGGAAGGAGCGCGGGUUUUAGCAGUUUUACGCGGGCGAGGAGGAGUUUAAAACGGUCCCCACAGGCGGUACAAGCUCGAUGAAGGCAGGGCAGAGCACGGGGAUGAGGCGCGCCAGCUUGCCCGUCACCCCCGGGGUGGCGUCCUUAGGGGGUGGGGGAGGCGUCUGUCCGGAGCCUGAUCUCUCCCACCUCACGGACGAGGAGAGAAAGAUUAUCGAAGAGGUUAUGGCACGAGCGAAGGCCGAGGAAGAGAAGGAACAAGCCAUGAUAAGGCCCGACCAAGAACAAGAGAAUUCUGGGCGUCUCAAGGACGAGUUCGCGAACUACGAGCAGGCCGUGAAGGAACUGGGGGAGGAGAAGAAGCAAUCGUACGGGAACGUGGACUCCGGCGCGGUCUGCGAGAUCUGCCACAAGACGAAGUUUGCGGAGGGUUUCGGGCACACCUGCGUGUACUGCGAGCUGAACGUGUGCGCCAGGUGUGGAGGGAAGGUCACAUUACGUUCUAAUAAGAAACUGUGGAUAUGCAAUCUUUGCCGCAAGCAGCAAGAAAUCAAGAUGAAGUCUGGAGCUUGGAUCACCGGGAGGCCAGGGUCCUUAGAUCUAGAAAAGGAAGGUCCAAAUUCCGCCGCAAACAAGGAAAACGAAAAAGGCACCCGUUCCGACACGGAGGGGCGGCCGCAGGAGAAGCGGGCCAGAUUUCAAGAUGACGCCAAGAUGGGCAUUUCACCCGGCCAGGAUAAGGGCAAGGAUCCAGACAAGGAGAAAGAUGCAAGUAGCGAAAAACUAACUCCCACCAGUAAACAACGGGUUUUGCAUAGGCAGAUUUCCACCAGGGGAGGGGAAGAAUCCGGGGAACGACGGUACAAGACCAGGGAGGACUCGGGGGUGGGAUCUCUCAGUAUCGAUCAAAAUAAAUCUGGGAGCACGAUUUUGGACUCCCGUCCACACACUGAUAUACCCCCCCAGAGGGGCUCCCAGAGAGCUGAUGUGAACACGUUAGAACGACAGAAUCGCGGUGAUAAUGCGCGGAAAAAGGACGUUCAACAACCCACACAACAGAAGCAGGUCACGGAGAACAAGAUGAUGAGAGAACAGGAGCCCCAAACUCGCAACGAUCACGCUGUACGUGCAGACCGCGAGCCUCGCAAGCGGAGAGAUGGUUCCCCAAAAUCCCUUCCACCGGAGGAAAGACUACCUACCAGGCAAGCCGAGGGGAGAGAGGGAGUAAUGAGAGAAUUGAGAGAGGGAGGGAGAGAAACGAGAGAGGGACGAGAACGUCGUCCCGCUAUUCGACAGCAUUCUGCUGAGCUGCUAGAGCCGCCACGGAAUUCUUCUCGAGAACGGCGACCCAGCGUGGGGGAUCUUCCUUGGGAAAGGGAACGGCGUCCCAGCAUGGGGGAUGUGCGCAUGACGGGGGAACCCCCACAUUAUCGUGAAGGUAGGAGCGCCUCACGUCAAAGUAGGCUGAGCCCCAACGAGGGUGGGCUUCCCCGUUCACCCUCGGCAGGUCCGUAUGGUUCCAAACAGUAUGUAGAAGAGCCAGAUUACCGCAGAGGAAAUUUAUAUCCGGCUAAACAUAGGCAGUACGCUUCGCAACCUCAUUUAGAAACGAUGGAUACUCAGGGUGGGCGUAGGGCACCACGGGGUCACCAUGGCGCUAACCAUGUUUCCAUGGUAACAGGGAGGCCUGCUUCGCCAAGGUAUGCAAACGGCCGGGAUGUCUACGAAAGCAAUAAACUUCAGGACCUUCAUGGGCGUCGUGGGGGGCACCUGGAAGCACCUGGCUCGGUGUACAAACAGAAACGAGACGAGACCAUGCUGAGGAACGAUUCCCUCAGUUCCGACCAAUCGGAGCACGUGAGCAGGCCCCCGCCUCCCAAACCGCACAAACAUCGGAAGAACAAACGCGAUCGGGCUCGUCAGCAGUCAUUGUCCAGUUCCGAGGAGGAAAUCCGGUCCACGCCGGAGUGUACAAGUUGUGACGACGUUGAACUGGAAAGUGAAAGUGUGAGCGAGAAAGCGCUCAAAUGCAGGAAAAAGCGGCAGCAACAGAAAAGGUUGGAAUUGGAAAAUGGAGAGCAUGAUGGGUAUGACCAUGCGAGGGGGAAACAUAGCGAACUCUCCGCAGUCGAAAUGUCAGAGCGCCAAAAGAAAAUUAUGCGAUUCCGACAAGGCACUAACGGUGGGAGCGGCGAAUCCCGUUCGACGGAGGGUUCGACCGCAUCCGAAUUUCAAGUAAAGGAUUCUGGGAUAGAUACAGCCUCUAGUACGAAUGUAGACGACCCCGAUCAGACAAUAUCGCAAAAGCAUCCCGUGUCAUGGACGCCGUCCAUAGAAACCAACCGACUCAUCGGUCACAUGAUCCUCAACAAGCGGCAGAGGAACGGAACCAACCAGAAGGAUUCCGGCUCCAUCUUGGGUCUGAAGGUCGUCGGAGGAAAGAUGACAGAAUUCGGAAAACUUGGGGCUUUCAUUACAAAGGUCAAGAAGGGGAGUAUAGCAGAUACUGUAGGACACUUACGAGCAGGUGACGAAGUCUUAAGUUGGAAUGGCAGCUCCUUACAAGGUGCCACGUUUGAGGAAGUGUACUUCAUCAUCUCGGAAAGCAAACCUGAGCCACAAGUGGAGCUAGUCGUGUCCAGGCCCAUGCCUAUGGGGGAACUGGGCCCAGGAAUUCCAGAGAAAACAGGGAAAUUUGAAUCAAGUUCUAGUGAAUCUCAAAAAUUACCAGAUGAUGAAACAAAGAAGAAGAGACCUUCAGUGAUGAUCACUUCCCCUGGCAGUCCUGGUUCAAGACAUCAUCCUAAACUUCAGUUGAAACUUUCGUAUGACCAAAGAGGGCUACAACUUUCAGUCACCGUACUCACAGCAGUAGAUCUUCCAUACAAGGAGAAUGGGAGGGCAAGGAACCCUUUUUUCAAGCUGCAUCUCUUGCCUGAUAGAAGUGAGAGAAGUAAAAGAAGAUCAAAGAUUUUGCAGGAGACGAACGAGCCGACAUGGAACCAGACCUUCCACUACGACGUGAAGAGUUCAGAGUUCACAGGUCGUGCCCUGGAGGUCACCGUUUGGGACUACAGCAAGGCUGGCGCCGGCGACCACGAAUUCCUGGGCAUGGUACUGUUGGACCUGGAGACUGCCCCACUGGACGAUGAACAACACUGGUACGUGCUGGACCAGCACAAGAAUGCCCUGCCGCCCCCCAGCCCCACACGCAGGAAGAACACAGCGCCCGGACACCAUGCCAGCGUCUUCGACUUUUUGGACGAAGAAGCGAGACAAGAGUUCCUCCACCCCCCACCCCUGCUGAAACUGCCCAGUGACAGUGAUAUUUCCGACUUUGACUAUGAUGUCCUGUGCUUCCCACCAGCUGAACUGGCCAAUGCCGGCAUGCGGAGGGAUGAUGUCAGCAUGACCAAUUCAGGCUACGGCACCAUCAUGGACCACGGCCGUAACCCUCACCAUGGCCGGCGCAGGUCUCAUGACAUGGACAUGUACGGUCCGCCGGGAAACCACAGAAGAGGGCCCUCUGGUGCCUACAGAAACAGCGUGAGUAACUUACGAGACGAGUAUCCCCGCCCCCACCGCGGCAGCAAGCAGCUGGACGACAACCUUCCCGUGCCGGACCAGGUGCCUCGCAGAUCCCGCUCAGCCUCCCCUGUCAGUCACACAGAUUACUUGUUUCAACAAGAGCGUCAAGCAGACAUGGCUCGCCAGCGCUCGCCGUCCCGUGGCUCGGCCCGGUCGCGCUCCCCGGCCCAGGACUGGAGGAGCGACGGCCGUGGGAUGUCCCCGGACAGAAUGAUGGGCGGAACGAUGGACCACCCCAGGAGGUCACGGUCGCCUGGGCGUCAAUCACCGUACGCUACCGGGCCUCGCCGUGGGCCGAAGUCCAUGUCCCAGCCGACCUCCCCGACCCACGGCAUGCGAGACCUCUCCCCGGGGUCCACGCCCAACACGCCUCGCAAGCGCCAGCUUCCACAGAUCCCCAUGCAGUUGAGAGGUCCUCCUGGCCCCAUGGAUGAGCGGACUCGACAGAUGAAACUGAGGAUGGACGAGUACAAACGCACCACUAAUGCCGGCAUGGAAAGUCCUGCCAUGCAACGAGUACGUCGGCAGAGCCCUGAUGCUGCUUCAGUGGACAGUGACAUAAGUGACGUGUCGGAGAUUUCACGUGCUAGCACCGUCUCCAGAAUCAGCACCACUAGCGCACCGUCGGUACAGUCUGAGCGAUACUUGCCUCGUAACGAGAGACACGGAAGACACAGAAGGCAUGACUCCAGAAGUCAAAGUAACCUGGCCCCAGGCAUGCGACACCCCCCACCCCCGGGCGGCUCGCGGUUCCCGACCCGCUCUUCCAGCAGUGCGGAGGUGUACAUGUAUGACCGCAACGACGGCAGCGUGUCCGACACCGCCGUCUCCUCCAUGGACAACCGGCGCCGCAUGCGGAAGACGUCCACCAGCAGCAAGAUGAUGGCCUUCAUGGGGCUGUCCAGAAAGAAGAGCUCCAGUACUUCUCAGCUGUCUGCUACAGAUUCUGGGAAGUCUCCGCGCAGCGGUCUGUUCAGUCCAGCAUCGAUGCAGAACAUCGGCCGGCAGGCGAGCACGGAAUCUACCGGCAGCCUCAGCUCCGACUCCUCCAGCAUGACCGCCGUGUGGUUCCCGUCUAGCUUGAGGCUGGACGGACCGAUCAACGACUUCCUGGACGGCCUGGGUCCGGCCCAGCUGGUGGGGAGACAGGUGCUGGGUGCCCCGUGUCUCGGGGACAUCCAGGUGGGGUUACUGGACCGGCGUGGGCUGCUGGAGGUGGAGAUCAUCCGGGCACGGGGUUUGAUUCCCAAACCUGAGGCCAACGUACUGCCUGCGGCCGCUGAAGUACCAGCUCCGUAUGUGAAAGUGUACCUGAUGGAGGGGAAGCGUUGCAUGGCCAAACUAAAGACCAAGACCGCCCGACGCACCCUGGACCCGCUUUACCAGGAACAGCUGGUCUUCCAAGAGCCUUUCAGGGGCAAAAUUCUACAGAUCACAGUCUGGGGGGACUACAACCGUAUGCACGAGCGCAAAGUCUUCAUGGGUGUCGCUCAGAUCGUAUUGGACGACCUUGAUCUCUCCACAAUGGUUAUUGGCUGGUACAAACUUUUUCCUACAUCCUCAUUGGUCCAGCCAGCGACAUUCGGGCCACCACUACGACGUGCAUCGAUGACAUCACUAGAUACAGCGUACUGAGGGUACCCUGCCCUCCCCUUCCCUGUAGUGUUAGCAUCCUUACAUAGAGUUGUUCAACAUAGCACCGUGUUAGAAGACAGGACGAUAGACUAGAUACAUAUGGGUAGAAGAACGGAACAAAAAAGCAUUUUACAAUCGUCUUAUGAAAGGGAUGCAUGUAAAAUAGUCGACUUCCACUGUCAUUUUUAAUACUUGAUUCGUUUGAAGAUAGAAUUCGAGGUUGAAGAAGAGAGAAGCAAAAAAAAUAAUGGUCAGACAUUGAAGAAAACACAGUACAGCUGUCAAACUAUUAACAAAAGGUCUGAUUUUUCUUGUUCAUCUUUUUUCCGCAUAGAAAAGCUGAAGAAGAUAUAAUAUUAGAAUGACACUGUGAAAACAAGAAAGCCCAUACUUAUCUAAUAUUGAGAGAAACAAUGGAAGCAAUGAGAAAGCAAGCUUAUUUAUUUAUUUAUUUAUAAAUGCUUUCAUACUUCUUGAGAUUUCUUGACAAUUUCAACUUUUGUUUGAGUCCAAAACUUCAGAAUAUGAACUGAUCGGUGUAAACUAUAAUAUUAUAUAGAAAAUAUUCCAGAAAAAAUUGAACUGACAAUCGUAGAUACAUGCUGACCAUGUUUGAGAAAGAUGUAAGUUCACCAAUGCUGCCAGUUCAUUUUAGAUGUACUCAAAUCUAAGUUUGUUAAUUAAUGUUUGGUAAGGAGCAAAUAAGAAAGAAAGCAAUCUGCUGCAGAACUGUGUGUGUGACUUAACAUGAGACAUGCACAAGUUACUUUCAAAUUGGUAAAAUGGACAAACUUUUUUGUUUGUACAGUUGCAAAUUAAAGUUUGCCUUGGCACUGUGGUAAAGAAAGAAACACUGUACUUCAGUUUUCCCCAAAUGUUUAUGACGACAAAAUUAUCAAACUUUUUUCAAUCUGAAUUAUCACAAUCUAAAAGUUACAUAGGUUUUGUAUCUACCAUAAUGUUGCAAUUUGGGGCUAAUGUUGUUUUUUUGCACUGCCACUUGAGUUAACCCUCAAAGAAGUUCCUUAAGUUUUUACACCACACAUGUAAUCAUAUUAUGACAAAGUUAUAUUCAAAAUUGUUUGCCAUGUAUCAAUAGUAAAAGUUGAAAGAAAUACGUCUUUAAUGAUGGUGUUGAUGAUUGUAUAUUAUUAAGUAGUAUUCCAUUGUUGUAGGGGCGAUUUGUGUCUCAUGUUAAGUCACAUUCAUUUAUGUUUUUUGGUGCAGUUUUGUUGAGUAAGGUUUGAGACUUUCUAUUCAGACUUUAAAGUAAUGGCCAUUUAUUUUUUGAGCCGAUACGAGGUAUUUUAGCCUCACUGGCAGAAGCAAAGAGUGACAUUUUGUUAUGCAUUUUCCUUGAUGCAGAACCUUUGAGAGAAAAUAUUUUACGUACAUAAUAUACAUACAUUUAUAUUCAACUUUCUUUUACACAUAUAUUGUAGCUAUUUUAUACUUUGACAUGACAAUAGAUGUUAAUGUAUUUUUGGUAAGUUUUGUUGCCUUUUAAAAGUGUUGAUGGCAGUGUUACUGAAGCACAGUAAGUUGCAGUUGGAAUCAGAAGUGUUAGUAUCAUCGAGUGCAGUACGAAAUGAUGAUGAUUUUCUCUGUUUUCAGUGUUAAUUUGAGACACCAAGAGUGCAUAUUAUAUGUACCAUGGAAUGCGUAAACCUUAUUUAUUUAUCUGAAGGGACCUUGUGCAAAGGCAAUGCCUGUCAUUCUAAAUACAAUGUACAUAACUUUGAAAUUUUUACAUGGGAGGGGCGGUAAAGUUGUCCCACCAAUGUAGUAGUAUUAAACAGUAUAUCCAGCAGUGCAAUGAUAGGUAAGGAAUAUAUGAUAAGUACUUUUUAUUGAUUGACCAAUAUGCCCACGGGCCCAACUCAUAUAUCAAAUAUAUGUGUAUUCAUCGAGCUACAAACAGGCUAAUUUGUAUGCAGGGUGGACAUAGGGAAGUGUGUAAAAAAUGAUGCAAAAAUCUGUUUUGUUGACAAGCCGUAACAAGACUUUGAUUGUAUGUUAUAUCCCUCCUUCGAAAAGCUGACCUCCCCGUUGCAUGCAGUGUAAUCUUCCAAUAUACAUUUGUAAUGUAUAAAUUUCCAAUGGUGGGGAGACAGUGAGGGUCAAGUCCAUUCUGAUGCAGAGGGGUGAGAGCUUAGAAAUUAUAGACCUCAUGGUAGUAUCUCCACCCCUCUCUGUAUAUGCUUAUGGUAGAUUCCUCUGUAUCUGAAUAGUGUGUUUGAGAUCAUCCUACUCCACAAGAAGGGGGUGUUUUUCUCCUGCUCUAUAUUGUAUACCCUAGCAAUAAUUCAACAUUUUGGUUCAUUCUUCUGUGGAUUCAAUGAAGGUUUUUAAACUCAUUUUCUCUGUAUAUAGAAGACGGACAUGCAAGGUCAACUGUUGACCUUGCCAAUGGAAAUGAUCAUGUGACCUAUCACAUGGACAUCAUGUGACCAUCACAUGGGUAUACCUGAUACUAUGGAAAACUGAUUUCUAUAUAGCCUAUAGUCUUGCGUUCUAAGCUAAGUAACUGUAGUCCGACGAUGUUUUCAAAAGAUUUUAAUGAUAUGAGUCAAUAGCUGGGGUAGGGUAAACUUGUGGGGGAAAUUUUGCCGCAACAUACAUAUGACAGUAAUAUAUCUAUAAAUAUAUACACGUGUGUAAAUGACGAUGAUAGGUUUUCACUUCUUGAGAAGCAAAGUUUCUCAGAUGUACUGCGGAAGGAGUUAGGGAAAAUUCUAUGCAGCGUAAAGUGACUGACCCGCCAGUGCUAAAAUCCUUACAAAUAACCCUUCUAGUUUAUGUGAGGAUGAUCCUUAUCCAAACUUGUGUUAUCAUAUAUGAACUCUUGACGAUGUAACAUUUAAAAACCUUCCGUUUUAAUAUCACUGCUGUGAUUGGUUCUUGUGACCUUGUACAGUGGGGGUACAUAAAAAUUGAGCGACUUGUCCAUGCAAUGUGCACUGCUUUAAAUUUAAUACCCUCCACUAUUCGUUUAGGGUAAAGUCUUCGAUGUUCAGUUUACAGCUUAUGAAGCGACACUACGUCUUACUUAGAAUGUCUCUGUUCGAAAGCAUCUUAAGAAAUAACUUGAAGAUCGAUCAUGUGUAUGUUUCUUUAAGAGUUACGUGUCAAGAAUGACGCGGCUAGUAACAUUUAAGCAUUUCCUUGGCGCUCUUACGUUUACUGUUAACACCCCCUUUGUGCUUUCCUUGCUUCUCUCUUGAGUGCAAUAUAAUAGUGUUUGUGGAAUAAAGUUUCAUAUUUAUAGUUGAUAGGUGUGUAUAAACUUGCCAAGUGGGGGUGUCAGCAGGUAAUGUAAGAGCAGCGCUAUGUGUUACAAGGAGUAUGCCCUUCCCACAAAUGUAUACACCCCCUGAAAUUCUGCACCAGUACUGCAUGAGACAAGUGUGUUGUACCUUGUACCUGAAUUAAUAAAAAAUUCUAAGUCCA